GUGACCCGGGCUGUGCGGUGGCAGCGGGGUCCCGCGGAGAGUGCGGCCUCCCGUGCGGCGGGGCGCAGCGCUCCGCAGAAGGUACGUUGGCUCCCAACAUCCAUGAGGAGCGCCGACAUGGCCACCACGUUCAAGCAGCAGAAGGUGGAGGAUGUUUAUGAAAUCGGAGAGGAACUGGGAAGCGGCCAGUUUGCCAUAGUGAAGAAGUGCCGGGAGAGGAGCUCCGGAGCAGAAUUCGCCGCCAAGUUCAUCAAGAAGCGGCAGAGCCGGGCCAGCCGCCGGGGCGUGCGGCGAGAGGAGAUUGAACGGGAAGUGAGCAUCCUGCAGCAGGUCCUGCACCCCAACGUCAUCAAGCUGCACGACGUCUACGAGAACCGCACCGACGUGGUCCUCAUCCUCGAGCUAGUAUCCGGAGGAGAACUAUUUGACUUCCUGGCCCAGAAGGAGUCCCUGAGUGAGGAGGAAGCAACCAGAUUCAUUAAGCAGAUUUUGGAUGGUGUGAAUUAUCUCCACACCAAGAAAAUUGCUCACUUUGACCUUAAGCCGGAGAACAUUAUGCUGCUAGACAAGAACAUUCCCAUUCCUCACAUAAAGCUGAUUGAUUUUGGCCUGGCCCAUGAAAUAGAAGACGGAGUUGAAUUUAAAAAUAUUUUUGGGACCCCUGAGUUUGUAGCUCCCGAAAUAGUGAACUAUGAACCCCUCGGACUGGCUGCAGAUAUGUGGAGCAUCGGAGUCAUCACCUACAUUCUGUUGAGCGGCGCAUCGCCUUUCCUCGGAGACACAAAGCAGGAGACUCUGGCGAACAUCACAGCCGUGAGCUAUGACUUCGACGAGGAGUUUUUCAGCCAAACCAGUGAGCUGGCAAAGGACUUCAUUAGAAAGCUUCUGGUUAAAGAAACCCGGAAACGACUGACAAUCCAAGAAGCUCUUACGCAUCCCUGGAUCACGCCAGUGGAUACUAACCAGGCCAUGGUGCGCAGAGAGUCUGUCGUCAACUUGGAAAACUUCAAAAAACAGUACGUCCGGAGGCGAUGGAAGCUCUCAUUCAGUAUUGUCUCAUUGUGCAACCACCUCACCCGCUCCCUGAUGAAAAAGGUUCAUCUGAAGCCGGACGACAGCUUGAGGCACUGUGAGAGCGACGGCGAGGAUGAUGUUGCGAGGAGAAAAGCCCUGCAUCCACGAAGGAGAAGCAGUAGUUCUUAGCCCAGCUCUCCGCUUGAGAGAGACCCAGGACAUUUACAGUCCUAACACCUUGGGGUGUUUUACAAUCUGUGUAACAAAAUACAGAUGGCAGCUUGGUUCUCAAAGACCCCGGGCCCCUAGGAUAUGUAAGAUGUCUUCUGGUUGUAGAAUUGGCAAACUCCAAAGGAAAGGAGAUGUGGAACUAUACUCCUGGUAAGGCACUGACCAAAUCGAAGCUCUGAAAUGCCCAAAGUGUUUGUGUUUUUUUUUCUAAGAAGGGGCUCGGGCUGCACUCAAAAACUUGUACUUUGAAUUACUUUCUUUUUUAUAUUUAAACUUAGCAUCCUUGGCGUUGGGAGGCCCACGUUAGAGUAAUCUCAUGGUCAUCCUGAAGGUCUGCUCUUCUGGUAACAGGGCCGGGAGUUAUUCCUUAGUGGACUCUUUAAAUGAUGUUUGUCCUCUUUCAAAAUGUAUAAGUUGGGCGGGAAGGAGAGUUGAUCACCAGCCUGCGGGAGAGGAGGUAUCAGUUGAAAUCUGGGAACUUGAAGCAUCCAAAAUCCCAUUAUGGGAAAUGGGGAAGGAAGGUUUUCGGGAGCAUUCUGGUCAAUGAAGACGGAGAGGUCAGGGAGGGACAGUCCAUCGCCAGGCCCCUGGAUGUCUGCAGAGGUUGAGCAGGAGGGCGGGGACGAGGACCCUCAUGACAGAGGCUACAGAACCACGGCAGCCCGACCUGCUGCUGCUUCUCAAGACCCUGGAACUGAGGCUGUGCUAGAAAAGAGUCUUACAAGUGGAACUAGUAGGGCAGGAAGCCAAAGUGAAGAAGUAGUGUCUGGAUUUUUGGUGGUCGGGUGGAGCCUUUGAGGGAAAGGCUCAUCGCACGAUCCAAAUUCUCCCACAGGGCAACAUCUUGAGCCCUGCUUGGAAAUCCCAAGGGGGCCUCUGAGAAGCAACUGAAGACGAGCCUUCUUGAAACAUCCAGGAAGUGACAGAGAGUUUCUACCAGAAAAGAGACAGAUGUCCGGAGUUGGGGAACAGAGAGAGCUAUUGAAAGCGGAGGAAGGGAGCCGAAAUAAAGGCCAGUGUUGUUUUCCUGUUCUUUGGGGCGGUGUCUAGUUUUCUCCUGGUGGCAUUUCAGAGGGUCCAUCACCUGGGGGAGCGGGAGGGUUGGAUUGGAGAUUUGGACAAAAUCUCAUGGUCCAAGGAGACAAUGCCAUUCCAUAGGCUGCUGAGAAAGCCUUUGAGGAUCUUGGGAGCUAAGGAAUUUGGGAGCAGAACCAGAAAUAUGCAAGGGAAAAGUACAGAGAGGAAAAGGUUAGGAAUAGGAGAGGGACAAUGAAGUGGUGAAAGAUAAAGGAAUCGGGGAAGUGGGAAAAGCAAAAUCAAAGAGAAGAAAUGGAAGCGAGCAAGUAGAGCAGAGGGAUUGGGAGAAAUAGGAGGUGAUUCUUUCACCCACAAAAUCUUAAGCACCUUUUGAUAGAGGAGCCGUCUCGGCCUCAGUUACCUCAGCCUCUUUCUGAAUGGCCAACUCCUGACUCUGAUCAGCAAGGUUCAUGCCUAGUGAGCAAGCAGAGAAUUCCAGUCCCAAGCAAAAGAGAGAGGAUAGGAAAGCAGCAAUAGGGUCAGAGGAACUUCAGGAUUCCUGUGUCCCAAGUUGGUGUCCCAGAGGUGGCUGACUCCUCAGAAGGAGAAAUGAUG